AUGUAGUUUCAGAGCGUUAGACUAGUUUCUGCCAUGGAGAACUCACGGGUUUCACAGGAUUCUUUUGGAGCAGAAAGUGAUUCUAGACUGCCUUCCUUUAAAAGCUCGUCUUUUGGUUACAGGACUUCCGAAGGGGAAUCUCAGCCAUUCUGGAGUGGAGAGUUUGGAUUUGGUGGGAGUGACAGGAGAUUCGCCUUCGCUCGCCAAUCCUCAUUCCAUCAAUCGGCUGAACCUCACACCCCAAUUUCCAUAAUUUCAAAUGAUUCCGUCCAGCCUAUGCUUUGUAGGAGUGUUUCCAGCAUCAGUAUACCGCCACAACUUGAGAAUGAAAAUAGCUGGAAAGGAUACCAGAAGGUUUCUUACAAAGAGGGAACUGUUUCAUCCGAGAAAUUCUCUUUCGUUUUGUUUGUGCUUUCUGCGAUGAGGAUGAUCAGAUACGGCAAUCGGCCUAUGAAGCGGCUGUUCAUGUUGAUCUCUCUCAACGUGGCUUAUUCUAGUGCAGAAUUAUUUAUAGGCAUUUUCUCUGGACGUGUAGGUUUGGUUUCUGAUGCAUUUCAUUUGACAUUUGGUUGUGGCCUCUUAACAUUUUCAUUGUUUGCAAUGGCUGCCUCCCAGAAGAGGCCUGAUGGUGUCUACACUUAUGGGUACAAAAGUCUAGAAGUUUUGUCUGCUUUUACUAAUGCUCUUUUUCUUUUGUUCAUGUCAUUCUCCUUAGCUGUGGAAGCACUUCAUGCAUUCAUUCAAGAUGAAUCUGAUCACAAGCAUUAUUUAAUUAUCUCUGCGGUCACAAAUUUAUUGGUGAAUCUUCUUGGCGUUUGGUUCUUCCGGAACUAUGCCCGUAUUAAUCUUGUUUACAGGAAAGCUGAAGACAUGAAUUACCACUCUGUAUGUUUACAUGUUCUUGCAGAUUCCAUCCGUAGUGCAGGUUUGGUGCUGGCAUCCUGGCUUUUGACCCUUGGGGUUAAGAACGCUGAAGUACUGUGCUUGGGACUGGUUUCAGCUACAGUGUUUAUUCUUGUCAUGCCUCUAUUUAGAACAACUGGUGGAAUUCUACUCCAAAUGGCUCCGCCAAAGAUACCCUCUUCAGCUUUGAGCAAAUGCUGGAGACAAAUUUGCACCCUUGAAGAUGUACUGGAAAUCUCCCAAGCUCGUUUUUGGGAAUUGGUUCCUGGUCAUGUUGUUGGUUCUCUCUCAAUACAGGUGAAGAAGGAAGCAGAUGAUCAUCCAAUACUAAGGUUUGUCCAUGGGUUGUACCAUGACUUGGGUGUGCAGGACUUGGCAGUUCAAACUGAUAAUGCCUGAGCAUCUUCCUCCUCUUCCUUGUUCUGGUUUGCUGGAUGCGGGUAAAGGAAGGCUUAUGAUUCAAAUGAGAAAUCUAGAUUCUCCUCACACUGUAAACAAAAAGAAAAUGUAUUAGUAAUAAUAUUAAAAAAUGAUGGAUGUUUGGGAGAUAUAUUUAGUAUAUUAUUAAAGAAUAUGAUUUAAGAUCACAACAAUGUGGAGAUGUGCAUUGGUUUUGUUUUCCGUUUCCUCAUUUGGUAUAGCAUUUAGUGAUUUUAGAUUUAAUCCAUAAUCCAG